AUGCAAGUAACCGUCAAGUCUUGGCACGCGGUGGCCAGCUGGACGUGGACGAGCGAGGACGACGUGUGUGGGAUCUGCCACAUGCCGCUGGAUGGCUGCGCACCGGGAGCGCCGGGACCCGGUGAUGACUCGCCAGUCGUAUGGGGCAGGUGCUCGCACUACUUCCACCUCAUGUGCAUCAACACCUGGCUGCACAACAAGAACACCUGCCCGAUCUGCCGGCGGAAGUGGGAGUUCGCCAGGUGCGCAGCCUGA